AUGCCUCCUCUCACCGACAUCGAACGACAAAGCCGAGAUGCCUGCGACGCGGGACGAAGAAGCGCCGAAUACCGGAAGAUCUCUGAGAUUAUGUCACGCAAGGAAGAGGGCGACAAAACCACCUGCAUCUACGACAUGAUUCAUCCCGAGUUGCGGAAGAACUAUCCUCAAGAGAGGAGGGUCGUCGAUAUGAGCGGCUUCCGUCCCUGGCCCAGAUCGCGGAGGCGGGUCCCUCCCGCCGUCGCCCCAGCCCCCCCGGAGGUCAACGAAGACGUCGAGAUGAAGGAUGCUUCUGGUCCCAUCACCCCGCAAGCGAAGGACAAAGAAGUCGACAUGUACAUCUUGUCUGGCCCCGACAGCCCCGAGGACGACGAAGAUGAAGUCAUGAACGAUUCUUCUUUUGCCGACAAACCCGCGCCAAUCAUUCCGCAAAAGCGACCGGAUUCUCACAACGACAACGAAACUGCUAAGAAGAAACGGAAGGAGGAUGAUACCUCCAAUCCAACGGCACCCAAGACACCCAAGGAGUCCAAGGGAUCCAGGAAGUCCAAGUCGUCCAGGUCUAAGACAAGGAACCGGGGCCGGGAUGCCAGGAUGGCAUUGGGAGACAGUUCGGAUCAGUAG